AAUAUAAAUAGAACCCUCAGCACUCGACAGAUUUGGGCGCGACUCUUUCUUUCUUAACAAAAUGCGAACCAGACACAAUUCCAAGACACAAAACGCCUCUUCAGGUAAUGAGAAUGCAAUGAGAGCAGUGACAGGUUCAGAAGGCGGGAGUCGUGUAGGGUCACGGAAAGAGAGUGGAACCCUUGCUGAGACAUCAAGGGAAGCAGUAGGGAAACUUCUUCGACGACGUGCUAAUGCUCGGGGCUCGAAGGGGUCUGAGAAAAAAGAUAACCCUGUUGGCACGGCGAAGAGUGGAACUAAAGUUCAUGAAAAUCAAGUUUUAGAUAAAAGAGUUACAUGGAAUGAUGUGGAUGCCGGAGGGUGCAGUAAAGAUGCAAUAGGCAACUCGUCAAUGGAAGUUGAUGAGGAGAGAAUUGAAAGACUUCAGGACAAUCUUUUGGACAAAAGCGAAGAAAUGGACGACUCAGAUUGGGAAGAUGGUUCAAUUCCUGUAAACCAUUCCACGGAAAAUGAUCCGGAAAGUCACAUUAAGGGGGUCACUAUUGAAUUUGAUGCAGAGGAUUCUGCUAGACGGAAGCCUGUUCGUCGAGCUACUGCUGAAGAGAAGGAAUUGGCUGAGCUUGUGCAUAAGGUCCAUCUACUCUGCGUACUUGCAAGGGGCAGGAUAAUUGAUGGUGCUUGUGAUGAUCCUCUUAUUCAGGCUUCUCUACUUUCUCUUCUGCCAGCAUAUGUGUUCAAAGUAUCGGAGGUCUCAAAACUUACAGCUAGAGCUUUAUCUCCGAUUGUCAAUUGGUUUCAUGACAACUUUCAUGUUAGAAACUCAGAUAGCACAGGGAGAUCAUUUCCUUCAGCUUUGGCCUAUGCUCUUGAAAAUCGUGAAGGCACUGCAGAGGAGAUUGCGGCAUUGUCUGUGGCAUUAUUUAGAGCUUUGAAGCUUACAACCCGGUUUGUGUCUAUUCUGGACGUUUCCUCCUUAAAACCUGAGGCUGAUAAAAAUGAAUCUUCAAGUCUAGAUGGUGGCAGAAGUGGGGGAAUAUUCGGUUCUCCAACUCUGAUGGUAAGCCGACCAAAAGAAGUUGCUUUGUCUUUGGAUAAAUUAAUUUCCUGCGACAAAAAAGAGAAUGUAUGUGAAAUUUCUUCAAGGGGUUUAUCCAAAUGUAAGAAUAGCAACCCAACAAGCUACAAUACUCAAUCCAAAAAGUCUGCCAUACCUGAUGAGUUGAAUGAUAGAGCUUCGGAUUCAUUGUCGUGUGAUGCACACUGUGAUACCUCUGAAGCAUGCCAUAGCAAGGAAUCUCAGGGUUUGAAGAGGAAGGGGGAUCUUGAGUUUGAGACGCAGUUGCACAUGGCUCUUUCUGCAACAGCCGCGGGGAAUUGUAAAAGUAACUUAGGGUCUGAUGAGAAGAACCUGAAUAGUGAUGAAAAUGUCUCUUCUCCAUUCAAAAGAAUGAAAAAGAUUGAAAAUAUAGAAUCCUCAACUUCUCAUGAGGGAAUAUCCACUGCAGUUGGAUCGAGAAAAGUAGGAUCUCCUCUGUAUUGGGCAGAAGUAUACUGUAGUGGUGAGAAUUUUACAGGAAAAUGGGUACAUGUUGAUGCUGCCAAUGCGAUCAUUGAUGGAGAGCAGAAGGUAGAAGCUGCAGCUUCUGCAUGCAAAAUAGCUUUGAGAUAUGUAGUUGCUUUCGCUGGGCAUGGAGCGAAAGACGUGACCCGCAGAUACUGUAUGAAGUGGCACAAGAUAGCAUCAAAACGAGUUAAUCCUGGCUGGUGGGAUGCAGUUUUGGCACCGUUGAGAGGGUUAGAGUCUGGAGCAACUGGAGGUACGAUGCAUAUGGAAAAAAAUCAUGGGAACUCGGCUGGAAAUUCUGGCCAUAAUGUAGAAUCUUCUGUUGCUGCCAGGAACUCACUUGAGGAUAUGGAAUUGGAAACUAGGGCACUAACUGAGCCUCUUCCCACUAAUCAGCAGGCCUACAGAAACCAUCAAUUAUAUGCUAUUGAAAGAUGGCUUAAUAAGUAUCAGAUAAUUCAUCCAAAGGGCCCCGUUCUUGGAUUCUGCUCUGGUCAUCCAGUUUAUCCUAGGACUUGUGUGCAAACACUCAAGACAAAAGAAAGAUGGCUGCGGGAAGCACUACAGGUUAAAGCCAAUGAGCUUCCUGUGAAGGUGAUAAAGAAUUCUACAAAACUUAAGAAAGGACAGGUUUAUGAAGCUGAGGAUCAUGAUGAAGUUGAUUCUAAAGGAAAUAUUGAACUUUAUGGGAAGUGGCAACUGGAACCGUUGCGUCUACCUCAUGCUGUCAAUGGCAUUGUUCCAAAGAAUGAGCGUGGUCAAGUCGACGUGUGGUCUGAGAAGUGCCUUCCACCAGGGACGGUACACUUAGGGUUGCCUAGGAUUUUCUCUGUGGCCAAGAGGCUGGAAAUUGAUUAUGCACCUGCCAUGGUUGGUUUUGAAUUCCGAAAUGGUCGUUCUACUCCUGUCUUUGAUGGUAUUGUGGUCUGCUCUGAGUUCAAGGAUAUAAUAUUAGAGGGAUAUGCAGAAGAAGAGGAGAAAAGAGUAGCCGCAGAGAAGAAAAGGAAGGAAGCACAAGCUAUUUCUAGGUGGUUUCAACUUUUAUCUUCCAUUGUAACUCGACAAAGGUUAAACAACUGCUAUGGGGAUGGUUCAUCUUCACAAACAUCCAGUGCCAUACAAAACAUAAAGAAUAAUGAGUCAAAUCUUCGGGUUGGUGAUAGUCAGGAUGAUAAGCAAUCUCAGGAGUGCCGUAAAGUAGAUACACGGGACGCCAAACUAGAUGCUGCUUUGGUGGUAGUAACAGCAGAGCAUGAGCAUGAUUAUUUGAUAGAGGAUCAGAGUUUUGAUGAAGAGAACUCUGUGCGGACGAAGCGUUGUCAUUGUGGCUUUACAAUCCAAGUUGAGGAGUUUUAGUUAUCAAAAUGAUGGUGCUCUAUUUAUUAUG